UACGUAGAGACACAUGCACAACCGUUGAAUUUGAUUGUGGCAGAGACAAAGACUGAGUUUAAUGCUGAAGUUUGGUCUUUUUCAAUUACUGUUGGUAGCACUCAUCUCUUCUUCUCAUGCCUUGAGCAAAGAUGAGUUUCCUCCUGAGUUUUUGUUUGGUGCAUCAACUUCAGCUUACCAGGUUGAAGGUGCAGCAAACGAGGAUGGAAGGAAGCCAAGCAUAUGGGAUACCUUCGCACAUAAUGGAAAUGGGAAUAGGUAUGAAGGGAAUGGAGAUGUUGCUUGUGAUCAAUAUCACAAAUAUAAGGAAGAUGUCCAGCUCAUGGCCAACAUGGGGUUAGACGUCUAUAGAUUUUCCAUAUCAUGGUCAAGGCUAAUUCCAGAUGGAAGAGGACAAGUGAAUUCCAAGGGACUGCAGUAUUACAACAACCUAAUCAAUGAACUCAUAAGCCAUGGAAUCCAACCACAUGUUACAUUAUACCAUUGGGACCUACCCCAAACACUUGACGAUAAAUAUGGAGGAUGGGUUAGUCGAAGAAUUGUGAAAGACUUCACAGCAUACGCGGAUGUGUGUUUUAGAGAAUUUGGUGACAGAGUUAAGUAUUGGACCACUGUGAAUGAGGCCAAUGCGUGUGCACUAGGAGGCUAUGAACAAGGAUCCUUGCCACCUCAGAGGUGUUCUCCUUCCUUUAAAAAUAACUGCUCCAGGGGAAAUUCCUCAACUGAACCAUAUUUGGCAGCACAUCAUAUGUUAUUAGCUCAUGCAUCAGCUUUUAGAUUGUAUGAGAAAAAAUACAAGGACAUGCAGCAUGGCUUUAUUGGGUUUAAUCUUAUUACUUAUGGUCUUCUUCCUCUAUCAAAUACUAGUGAAGACAUAAGUGCCACUAAAAGGGCCCAAGAGUUUUAUAUUGGAUGGUUUCUAAAUCCUUUUACUUUUGGAGAUUACCCGGAUAUAAUGAAAAAGAAUGCUGGCUGGAGGCUUCCUUCCUUCACUCAAAAGGAUUCAAAUCUUGUCAAGGGCUCAAUUGACUUCGUAGGAAUAAAUUUUUACUACACACAUUAUGUUAAGAACAGUCCUGGCAGCCUGGGGAUGGAGGAUGCGAGUUUCUCGACAGAUAUGGCGGCAGAACUUCUAAGCUUCCCUCUAAAUGAUACAUAUACCGAGAUCCCAAUUACAACAUGGAGUUUGCAAGCGGUGUUAGACUUGUUGGAGAAUUCUUAUGGAAAUAUUCCAAUUUUCAUACACGAAAAUGGGCAAAAAACACCUCAAAAUUCAUCAUUAGAGGACUGGCCAAGGGUGAAGUACUUGCAUGCAUAUGUUGGGAGCAUGCUUGAUGCAUUGAGGAGUGGAUCACAUGUAAAAGGUUAUUUUGUAUGGUCCUUAUUGGAUUCAUUCGAGUUACUGAGCGGAUAUGAAUCAACUUUUGGCCUAUAUCACGUAGAUAUGAAUGAUCCAAGUUUGAGGAGACAACCUAAACUUUCUGCUCAAUGGUACUCAAAUUUUCUGAACGGGAGGUCUUUGGAUCCAAUGGUCACCACAGAAAUUGAGAUAAAACCAAUGUUAUCACACACUCGCUUGCUGCAUCAUGCUGCUUAAGGUAAUAUGGACAAGUAGAACUUUCAGAUCUUGGACUUUUGGGGGGUGACAAUUUUUGCUAAUUUGUGUUGGUGUAUUACAGAAUAAAAAUGACAAGGUUUGUGGUGUUUAUUGGAUUAUGGGCUAUGCUAUGCUAUGGAAAUAAAUUCGCAAUUAUAUCAAA